AGUGCUCUCCUUAUAUAAACAUAACCGUCACUUGUUUCUUUAGCAACACAAAGAAACAAUCUCUCUGUUUCUUCCAACUCUCUUUGCUCUCUCCUGAAUUUCUAAGGUAGCCACCAAAAUGAGUGGCUUCAGUUUCAGGGGCUUCACAUGCAUGCUUCUCAUUGCAUGUCUCAUUUGGUCCUUCAACUUUGAAGCCUGCAUUGCAAGAAGGGGUAAGCACUGGAGGCAGAGCAGAGAUGUAUCAGCUUCAGUGUACAAGAAAAGAGGAAAGAAUUUUGGCAAUAGUCACAACAGAAACCAUGGUGGAGGAUCAAAUUCAAAACCAAAACCACCAUCACAUAAAGGUACACCAACAUUACCAAAGCCUCCUUCACCACCACCAAAUGGUAACCCCACAACUCCACCACCAAAACCUUACAAUGGUGGCACUGGCACCACCUUCAAUGUGCUAGAUUUUGGAGCCAAGGGAGAUGGAAAAACUGAUGACACUAAGGCAUUUCAAGGUGCUUGGGCUGAAGCAUGUAAAGUAGAAGCAUCAACCAUGGUGGUGCCAGCAGACUACGUCUUCUUCGUGGGGCCCAUUUCAUUCUCGGGCCCAUACUGUAAACCCAACAUCGUUUUCCAGCUUGAUGGCACCAUUGUUGCACCAACAAGCCCCAAUGCUUGGGGCAAAGGGCUACUUCAGUGGUUGGAAUUUACCAAGUUGGUGGGAAUUACCAUUCAAGGAAAAGGCAUCAUUGAUGGAAGAGGCUCAGUGUGGUGGCAAGACAAUCCAUAUAAUGAUCCUGAUGAUGAUCAAGAAUAUCUCUACGUUCCUUUCAACCAAACAGUAGCAAGUCCCCCACUGCCGAUUGAAAAUGAGCUUGGAGGAAAAAUGCCAUUCGUGAAGCCAACUGCACUGAGAUUCUAUGGGAGUUUUAAUCCAACAGUUACAGGAAUAACAAUUCAAAAUAGUCCACAAUGCCACCUCAAAUUUGACAACUGUAAUGGGGUCCUGGUCCAUGAUGUUAGCAUAUCAUCUCCUGGGAACAGUCCCAACACUGAUGGAAUUCACCUUCAGAACUCCAAAGAUGUGUUGAUAUAUGGCAGCAGCAUGGCCUGUGGAGAUGACUGUAUUUCAAUACAAACUGGAUGUUCAAACGUGUAUGUACACAAUGUCAACUGUGGACCAGGGCAUGGAAUCAGCAUUGGAAGUCUUGGAAAGGAUAAUACCAGAGCCUGUGUUUCAAACAUUACUGUCAGGGAUGUCAACAUGCACAACACAAUGAAUGGUGUCAGAAUCAAAACAUGGCAGGGUGGAUCUGGCUCAGUGCAAGGAGUACUAUUCUCAAAUAUACAAGUUUCUGAAGUUGAAUACCCAAUUGUGAUUGAUCAAUUCUACUGCGAUAAAAGAAAUUGCAAAAACCAAACAUCAGCUGUGUCUCUUGCUGGAAUCAACUAUGAAAGGAUAAGGGGGACUUACAUAGUUAAGCCAGUUCACUUUGCCUGCAGUGAUAGCUUACCUUGUGUGGAUGUUUCUUUAACCACAGUUGAGUUAAAACCAAUUCAAGAAAAAUACCAUCUAUACAAUCCUUUCUGCUGGCAGACUUAUGGUGAAUUAAAAACUCCAACACUCCCACCAAUUGAUUGUCUUCAGAUUGGGAAGCCCACAAACAAUCGAAUUCAGACAGAUCAUGAUUUAUGUUAAUCAAAAUGCUUAGCCACCUAGGUAAAGUAUGUAUAUUGUAAAAAUCCUACUACUAUAUAGGAAAUUUUCUUCAUUAGGGUCAUACUCAUUUUCAUCAUUGUCAGAAUAUACCGGCCCUGCUAUUAGCAAGAGGUCGAGAAUAGUAUAAUAGGCAGCCUUGUAGCUGUGGCAUUUUGCCUGAGUGUGAGAUAUUAUACAAGUGUUAGCAUCUAUGAAUAAAAAUAUCGUUAUUUACCCAA